CUGUUUUUGGUUAUUAAAUUUUCAAAAAAAAACAUAAUCUGUUUGUGUUUUAUCAACAAUGUCACAUUUGAAGUUAAUGUACCCUGUUUCAUCUUAUGUUGCAUCAGCCAUAAUACCCACCACCACCAUCGUUUCUCAUCAAACCACCAACCUCCAUUUUCAAAACCCCAAACCAAACCAUCCACAACACUUCCUCUCCCUUCUCCUUCACAACCCUUCUCACCACCAAUCCCUCCAACAACUCCACUCUCAAAUCAUCACUUCCUCCCUCUUCCACCAUCACCCUUUCCACAACAACCCAACUUCUCUCCUCCUCUUCAACAACCUUAUCCGUUCUUACUCCCUCUCCUCUUCCCCCCAUCACGCCCUUCACUUCUUCACCUCGACUCUCAACUCCCUCACACACCCUCUUUCACUUGACUCCUUCACAUUCACUUUCCUCUCUCACACUUGCGCGAAUUUUAGUUCUUGUUCUUUUGGGUUUCAUCUCCAUGGUGUUAUUUUUAAACUGGGUUUUCAAUCUCAUGUCUAUGUUCAAACUGGGUUGCUUCGUAUGUACGCAAGCUGGGGUCUUUUGGUUUCCGCGGCAGAGGUGUUCGACGAAAUGCCGCAGAGAAGUAUUGUUACUUGGAAUGUUUUUAUUAAUGGUUUGAUUAAAUGGGGUCAGCUGGAUUUCGCUCGGUCCGUGUUUGAUCGGAUGGUGACUCGGAGUGUGGUGUCGUGGACUCUUGUUAUUGAUGGGUAUACGAGGGUGAAUAAGCCGUUGAAAGCUUUGGCUUUGUUUAGGAAAAUGGUUGAGGUUGAUGGUAUAGAGCCUAAUGAGGUUACCCUUUUGGCUGUUUUUCCUGCUAUUGCUAGUCUUGGGUAUAUCAAGAUGUGUCGGUCUGUUCAUGGGUGUGUGGAGAAGAGAGGGUUUAACGCGGUUGAUAUAAGGAUUGUGAAUUCGUUGAUUGAUUUGUAUGCGAAGUGUGGAUGUAUAGAGAGUGCGAGUAGAGUAUUCUCGGAGAUGCCUGAGUGGAGGAAGAAUUUGGUGUCGUGGAAUUCUGUUAUAUCUGGUUUUGCUAUAUUUGGGAUGGUGAGGGAGGCUGUGGAGACUUUUGAAAGAAUGGAGAAGGCUGGCGUGCGGCCGAAUCAUGUGGCGUUUCUUAGUGUUUUGAGUGCUUGUAGUCACGGUGGAUUGGUGGAGGAGGGGCUUGAGUUUUUCGGUAAAAUGGUGAAUGAUUAUGGACUUGUGCCGGAUGUUAAACACUAUGGUUGUGUGAUUGAUAUGCUUGGGAGAGCAGGGAGGUUGGAAGAAGCUGAAAAGGUUGCCUUACAGGUUCCUCGUGAGGUCGCAAAUGAUGUUAUUUGGAGGACGCUUCUUGGAGCUUGCAGCGUUCAUGAUAAUGUUGAAAUUGGUCAGAGGGUGACUAAGAAGAUAUUGGAGAUGGAGAAGGGGCAUGGCGGUGAUUAUGUUCUAAUGUCUAAUAUUUUGGCAGGUGUUGGGAGAUUCAAGGAUGUCGAGAGAUUAAGGGAAAUGAUCGAUACGAGAAAUGCCUUCAAACUCCCAGGCUAUAGUUUAGUCUAAAUUUCAUGUGAUAUAUAAUAUAGGUGAUAACAUUUGAAGCAGAUAGGAGCCCCAUCAUGGAACAUAGGAGAAGUACCAUGUGAGAGGCUCACUCACCACUAGACCAAUGGUCUAUUGGUAGGUCAUCGCUCUUUGCUUCAGAUCUUCUGAACUACUUCAAUUCAUCAAAUUGAAGUGUAAUAUUUACGUCCAAGUACAUUGAAUCUGGAUGCUCGCGCGUUCUUGUUAUCACUACAGAUCUGUGAUAUUGCAUGAUCCAUUUCUUCAUAGAGGAUUAGUGUCAAACUGUAAAUUGAAACAUAUUGCUAUUUGCUCAGUGUUUUGAAAGCUGACAUAAGAUCGAUACUCCACGAUCGGACCUUUUCUCGGUGGGAACCAAAACUCAACGUCGUCUACAAACUGUUUACAUGACAAUGUGAGGGAAGGGUGGAUUAGAGCAUGUUCUUGAAAUCAUAUAAAUGUAUUAAAUGAUUAUGAUGAGUUUCAUUUUCCAGUGCGACGAUCCAAAAGCGCGAACCGAUUAUUGAGAUUCCUUUGGAUCUUGAAACAACCAUCAGACCUUUAUCUGGUGUUUGAGGUAAAAUAAAUUAUCACAAUGAUCAUCAAUAGUAGACAUGUGUAUUAUCUUAUAUAGAUUUUGUGCAUUUUGAUGUUGAAAUAGAAUAGAAUUGUGUUUGCAAACAAAAAUCUUUAAUAAGAAUACAAGAAAUUUUUGAAAAGGUUUAAGAAAAUAUAUUAUGAUCAUGAAGAUGUCACAUAUGCAUGAAUUACACGUAAGGUAAUGCGUAAUUUGUUUUCUUGCUCGAGUUAGUCUGGAUUUCAAUUGUUGAAGGGUGUGUUCGAAGAUUGCAAUCUAGACAAAUAUUUAUUUGCAUUGAAUAUGUUUCUAAUGAAGAGAUUUGUUGUAUUGAAGUAUUAUUUUAAUUUUGGGUGUGUUUGAAUUUUAAUCUCCAAACAAUAAAAAGCGAAUUUUCGAAUUUUCAAGAGUGCAGUGAGCAUUAUCCUUACAUAUCUU